UUAGCAGGGGGUGUCGUCACCCUGCGGCAAGGGGUUAAAGCCCCAGGCUGCGCCGUCCGUGCCCGCCGCCUGUGAACGCUGUCUGCCCGGCUGGCCGUGCGCUGUGGAGUGGGCCGUGUGCGCAGAGGCGCGGCCAUGGCCCCGGGGGUCGUUCUCAUGUUUGGACUCGCGUUCUGCCUGGACCAAAGGAUUUGGGCACAGACUGGCCAGUCUUUGGUGGAAAACCUCUCCCCUUCUCUAGAAAGCUUUCCCAUCCCCCGCUCUUCCCUAUCGACACAGAUGAGUCAAGAAGAGAAUGCUCAGGUUUUAAAAUAAUGCUGAAAGGGAACACAGUGGGCGUCGGCACUCACAAUGCGGACAAAGAGAGCUGGGUGCGCCGCACGGCCCCAGAGCGCCCUGUGCGUACAGGGCUGUCAGUGGCGGAUCUACCUGAAAUCUACCGAGACCCUCCUGAGAAUGGGUCCCUCCCCAUCGUGAUUGGGACGUCCGUCAUCUCUGCCCUCCCUCUACUCUUCCUCCUUCUCUUCCUCCUCUGCUGGUGCUGGUGUCAAGCCAAACACAAGGCCGUUGACAGUGAGACGAAGAGCCAAGGGACCUACGACAGCACCAGCCCCGGCAUGGACUUCCCAGAAGAAACUCAAUGCGAGGUCUCAGUGGACACCCGGCCCGAGGAGGACAGACAGAUGGACAUGCAGGUGAGUCUUUCCUCCUUCCCCGGUCCCUUCCCCACGUGCUCUCUUCUCACCUUACCUCGUGUCUUCGUGCUGACAGGCCCCCACAGAGAAAGGCAAACAGGAGGUGAUCUCCGCCCAGCUACGCCAAGAUUCCUGUGCAGAGAACGUGGACCCACCAUUCUCCGGCGCCCUUGAGGAGCCCCCCAGAUAGCCCUGUGUCUAUGCCGACUUCACCUCGUCCUGCGUGCAGAGCUGGAGCUGGCGGGGGGGGGGGCGGGGGGGGGACUCCAGGCCUCAAGGGCCCCUUAAGGAAGAAGAGGCUGCGAGAAGCGUCCCGCUCAUGAACCUCAACACCAGCCGUCUUCUCGGAGCUCCCCAAAGACUCAAGGAUACAGAAGUCUUGUCAACUGUCAAGAAAUUCUGGGACCCAUUACAUGUCUCUUAAGAGAUUCCUGGUUCUUUGUGCAUCUACCCCCUCACUAGCUUAUUUAACAAAUGUUCACAGAAGUGGACUCUUUCUCUGGACCUGUGCUGAGGCUGCACAUAUUGGUAAGACAUAGCUUCUGCUCUUAGGGAACUCCUGGUCCGCUGAGAGAGGCAGACCACACGGUCUGGCCCUUGGAAAGCCACGAGGGCGUAACGUACAGGAGCAGGUGGAAGGGGGAUUUGGGUCACCGGGCAGCACAGCUGUCCAGGCUCGUCCAAGGAGCACACACUGGUACCAAAUACCAGGAGAAAUCAAGAAGAAGUGAGAGUCAAACUGAGCAGGCGGAAGUUUCUAACGACAUCUUGGUCCAACGUUCUAGGAGGUGCUGAGAGCUGAAGCCUUCAGAGCGGGAAAAACAUGUGCCAAGCCAGAGGAGAAUGACCUACUUGGCUCCCAGCACCCACGCUUCAGCUAGAAAAAUACGUUUUCUUUUAAGCUCACAUUUUCUCAACAGAAUGGGACUAAAGCCGCACCUAUUUCUCCGGCUUCUGUGGGAAUCAAAAGAGAGAAUGCUUGAAAAGUGAGUAGCAUUAAAAAGAGAUAUUCAUGCACCCAAGUUUAUCUUGUCUUCUAAGUCCCAGAGAGCUGUAGCCCAAUGUGACUGGGGGUGAUCUUGCCCCCCAAGGGCCAUCUGGCAAUGUCUGGAGAUGUUUUUGGUUGUCGCAGCUGGAAGGGACAUGGUGCUAGCGACGCCUGGUGGAUGGAGAACAAGGAUGCUAGUAAACCUCCUAUAAUGCUCAGGACAGCCCUCCUGGACGCCAGCAGAGAAUCACCCGGUCCUCAAUGUCAACAGUGCCAAGGCUGGGACACCCUGAUCUGACCCCUAUAAUCUCUUCAGUCUCAGUUUCAUGCUCACUUAAUUCCAGCCACAUCAGUCAUUUUCCGGUUACACGAACAAGCCAAGCUCUUUACUCCACCAAGGAUUUUGGGCACACUGAAUGUGCUGCGUUAAUAUGUCUUAGGAUCAGGCGCAACCUCAAAUGUCACCGCUCCAAAGGGAAGUCCCUUGGAACCAUUCUAUUACAGAGACACAUCAGACAAUAGUCCAUCUCAGCAACUUGUUCAAAGCAUCAUAAUGUCCACACAUUUUCCCUUGGAAAGGGUCUAAAUGGUGCAGCAACUCCCCAUUCUCCCUCCCCGCAGCCCCCGAUAUCUUCCAGUCUACCCUCUGUCCCCACGAAUUUGCCUACUCUGGAUAUUUCAUAUAAAUGGAAUCAUACAA